AUGUCAACCCACCUUCCUCUUGAUGAAACACAGAACAAGCUACCUACACUUCGACAUUUAAUCUCAGAUGGCUCGUUCUGGACACUCCCCGAAGUCCCACUCCUCCAAACCAUCCAGCGCGAAUUCCCCUCCGAACUGCAGCGUCUCAAGAACGCCACAUUCCUUCGCGACCCGACCGUCCCUCGUCCAACCCAGGACAAAUCCAUGUCCGAGUCCCUCUACAGUCAAGACUACGCCGAGAUCAACCGCACGCUCGUCGGCAUCCUGGCUCUCCGUUGGCUAUGGAACGACGACUACCAAACCUUCAUCGGGACGAGGACACAGGGUCCCCGGUCCAUAAUCUUGAAACGCUCCUCGUUCGACUGGAUCAGGGAUAUCUUUCUCAAUGGCCUCCAAAGUGCCAACGAUAUAUAUACUCUGAUCACGUCGAUGGUGAUCAACGAUCUCGGCAAAGAUCCCGGUCUAGCCACGGACUAUGCUCGCGUUACGGGAAUCGAUAUCUCCCACCUCAAUCAUGAUAUGGUUCUCUACCGUGUCGCUAAAAGUGACGUCGAAGUCGAAGUUGACGUUGAAGCAGGAGCAGGAGCAGGAGCAGGAGCAGGAGUGGAAGUGGAAGUGGGAGGGGGAGGGGGAUUGAUUCCAGCUCUGCACAAGUCAAGACUGACUCCCUCUCACAGAGAGCUGUUGCUGGCUGGAAUCAAACUCGGCUCCGAGUUCAAUUUCGGACAACUCGCUCAGGCGGAGAACGCGCCGGCCUCGUUGGCAGGAUUGCUCGAGUUGCGUCGGCACGACCGCAAUCACGACCACGCCCGUCCCAACGGUGACAAUAACAGUACUGGCGGUGGCAAUGUGAUUGAUCAAGCACUAUCAUUCGAAAUGCGAUUCAUGGAACAAAUCCUCGACCUAGCCGGCUCUGCGGGCCACGAGGACUGCACAUGCGCGAAGAAGAUGACCGAACCUGUCUUCCAGUCGUACAGGAAUGUCUAUGAUGUUGCUGAUGCGAUUAUUGGAUGGCCACAACAACAACCAGAAAGCGAUAGAGAGGCCGGAAACCAAGACCAACAAAAACAAAGUGAAAAGGAAAAAGACAGACGGAAAGAAACACAAAAGAUAACAAGUCUAUCUCUCCGUCAAGCCUACGAUAUCAUUCUAACCCGAAAACUACAACUUCUCCACGACGCAGGAUAUUGUCGACCCUUCGAUAUCACUUGCCCCCGCGACAGAGCGAUCAUGCGGCUCUUCUGUCUCGGCAACACCACGGACGGGGACACUGCGGAUGUUUUCUUCGUUGCCUUUGCGGAAUAUGUUUCGCGGGAGACGAGGCGGAUGUUGACCUAUGGCCUUAAUCUCGAUGGAGGCGUGGAUGAACCUGCUGUGCAGCCGACUUAUUUCCCGGCUAUGUUGACUAAAGCUCUCAGAAAUACUGAGAUUGGGAAUGAGAAUGGGACUGAUACUGCUCUUGCUCCUGAUGCUGGCACUGACACUGGUACUGGUACGCCACAGCAGAACAACUCGAAAAUCAAAACAGUCGCUGCCAUGCUGCGCUACCUCGCACGGUGCUUGGUCGUCGACCAGGCCGUGCUGGAGAAAUUGCCGAAAGGCGUGACUGUCAUUGAGAGAGAUGUGAGAGGGAUUGCGGAUGUCGUGGAGAGUGAAGCCUUCAGAAGGGAUCCGGACGUGUUGGACGAACAAGCUAUUCCUGGGGGUCAGGUUGCGAAUAUGGCAUUGGAGGACCAAGUCCAGGUCUAG